AUGGACCCCGCGACCGAGCAGCAGCAGCAGCUGCGCAGCCUGAGGGACUUCCUGCUGGUCUACAACCGGAUGACCGAGCUCUGCUUCCGCCACUGCGUCUCCAACCUCAACUACCGGCUGCUCACCGGCCAGGAGGAGCGGUGCCUGGAGGGCUGUGCCGGGAAGUUGGUGCAUGCCAACCACCGCUUGGUGCGUGCCUACGUGGGCACCAUGCCGAGCAUCCUGCAGCGCCGAGCACAGCAGCUCCAGGAGCCACCACCCGCGGCCUCUACUGACCCCCUGGCAGCACCGGGCCCUGGGGAGCCCUCACAGGGGGGUGCCAGUGCUGGGACGUAG